GAUAUCCGUCUGUCGUUUUGGAAACGCAGAAGUCUCUCGAAGACCUCAAGACAUUUGACCGACAGGCGAGCUUUCCAGCACAACCGAACAGAGGGGAAAAUGGAUAAACCACAGAUUAUUUCCCAUGUUAUGAAAAGUUUAAAUUUCACUCUAUUUGAUGUGAAAUGGAUUCCCUGCAGCGCAAAAUUUGUCGUACUCGGUAACCAUCCGAGAGGAACAGGGGCUUUGAACGUUUACGAACUCUCCCAUGCGGAUUUGAAAUCUGUGCUGGAGAAAGAAAAGUCAGCAUCAUUGAAAUGUGGAACAUUUGGUGCUUCUCCCCGAAGCAGUCAUCAUCUGGCAACUGGAGAUUUUGAAGGCAAAAUGCAAAUAUGGAACCUUGAGCAGCCAGAAGUACCUGUUUAUUCUGUGAAGGGCCACAAGGAGAUCAUCAAUGCCAUAGAUGGUGUUGGGGGUCUGGGAAUCGGGGAGGGGGCGCCAGAGAUUGUCUCAGGAAGCAGAGAUGGAUCAGUAAAGGUGUGGGAUCCUCGUCAGAAGGAUGAACCUGUGGCAACCAUGGAACCAGGAGAAGGGGAAGCAAAAAGGGACUGUUGGGCUGUAGCUUUUGGUCAUGCCUACACACCACAUGAUCGCUGUGUCUGUGCAGGCUAUGAUAACGGAGACCUCAAGCUCUUUGACCUCAGAACCAUGAAACUGCGCUGGGAAACCAAUGUUAAAAAUGGGAUCUGUGGUCUGGAAUUUGACAGAAAAGACAUCAACAUGAACAAACUAGGGGUGACAACUCUUGAGGCCAAAAUCCAUGUUUAUGACAUGCGAACACAGCAUCCACAGAAAGGCUUCAGUAGUGUCAGUGAAAAGGCACACAAGUCAACAGUCUGGGGUAUCCGUCACCUUCCACAGAACAGGGACAUUGCCAUGACGUUAGGGGGUUCUGGAUCGGUCAAUCUAUGGAAAUAUUCAUACCCAUCCCAGCGUGUGACUACCGACAGUGAGGGGAAGGAAGUUGGUGUGGCCGGUAGCCUCUCCCUCCAGCAGAAUGUCACUCUGUCCACACAGCCCAUUAAUGCAUUUGACUGGAGUCCAGACAAACAGGGCUUGUGUGCCUGCACAUCAUUUGAUCAGACAGUCAGAGUUCUCAUAGUAACAGGACUUGGAAAAAUCUGAACAUAGCCUACACGAACAUGUAACCAGUCGAUCAUUGAUAUUACCAUCCCGGCAGUUAACCAGUAGUUCAUCAAUAUCACAAUCCAAGCUGUCAUCCAGGAAUUCCAUGAUACCACCAUCCAACAUAUCAACCAGGACUUCACUGAUAUCACAAUCCAAGCUGUCAUCCAGGAAUUCCAUGGUACCACCAUUCAACCUGUCAACCAGUAAUUCAUUGAUAUCACUACCCAAGGUGUUGUUCAGGAAUUCCAUGAUACCACCAUCCAACCUGUCAACCAGUGAUUCAUUGAUGUCACAAUCCAAGCUGUCGUCCAGGAAUUCCAUGAUACCACCAUCCAACCUGUCAACCAGUAAUUCAUUGAUAUCACUACCCAAGGUGUUAUUCAGGAAUUCCAUGAUACCACCAUCCAACCUGUCAACCAGUGAUUCACUGAUGUCACAAUCCAAGCUGUCGUCCAGGAAUUCCAUGGUACCACUAUCCAACCUGUCAACCAAUAAUUCAUUGAUAUCACUAUCCAAGGUGUCGACUAGCGGUUCCAUGAUACUACCAGUAAGCAGUGAAACCAGAAGUUCAUUUGUAUUACCAUGGCAGUGAAUUAAUUAGUGGUUAUCUGAUUCAUGUAACUGAUAUAUGCAGUCAGUCAGUACAUCAUUGAUAUCACAUGCAAACAAACGUCCAGCCAGUCAUAUACUGGUAUCACAAUACAUCUGUGAGUAAUGUUUGUUAUCAUUACCCUUUAUAUCAAAGUGCCACCAAUCAACUAGGAUAUCGUUAAUAUCACAGUACUGCUCCAAACCUGUCAUUACAACAACUGAUAUGACUUAGCCACCAUACAUUACCAGAUCAUACCUGGUACAGAACUGCUGUAACUUUAGAACUGGUCAGUGCUAAACCAGGUAUCAUGUUAAAAUUUGUAAACCAGCAUUGAUACGAAUUAACUCCCGUUUUGAUUGAUAUUACAACUUCUGCUAUGAACACAGUCAGCUAUUGAGAUUAUUAUUGCUCUAUGACCAAUCAGCAGCAGAUCAUUAGAGACUGUUUCAAGUCUGGUCAUAGUGAACAAAAUAAUAGUUCUGCUUGUCAAAUGUGUAUUUUGGUAUUAAGCAACUACAGAAGCUCAGAAGACAAAGCUUGAUCGCAAACCUAACACCAUGAGGAAGCACCAGUUGAAUAACAGCCUCCAUAGAGACUUCUGAAAUAUUAGAAUGCCCAGUACAGACAUGAUUGAUAUGGAAAUACUGAAUACGGACAUGGUCAAUACAGACAUGAUUGAUAUGGAAAUGCUGAACACGGACAUGGUCAAUACAGACAUGAUUGAUGUGGAAAUGCUGAACACGGACAUGGUCAAUACAGACAUGAUUGAUAUGGAAAUGCUGAGCACGGACAUGGUCAAUCCAGGCAUGAUUGAUAUGGAAAUGCUGAACACGGACAUGGUCAAUCCAGACAUGAUUGAUAUGGAAAUGCUGAACACGGACAUGGUCAAUACAGACAUGAUUGAUAUGGAAAUGCUGAACACGGACAUGGUCAAUACAGACAUGAUUCAUAUGGAAAUGCUGAACACGGACAUGGUCAAUACAGACAUGAUUGAUAUGGAAAUGCUGAGCACGGACAUGGUCAAUACAGACAUGAUUCAUAUGGAAAUGCUGAACACGGACAUGGUCAAUACAGACAUGAUUCAUAUGGAAAUGCUGAACACGGACAUGGUCAAUACAGACAUGAUUCAUAUGGAAAUGCUGAACACGGACAGAAUACAGACAUGAUUCAUAUGGAAAUGCUGAACACGGACAUGGUCAAUACAGACAUAGUCAAUACAGACAUGAUUGAUAUGGAAAUGCUGAACACGGACAUGGUCAAUACAAAGAUGAUUGAUGUGGAAAUGUUGAACACGGAUGUGGUCAUUACAGACGUGGUCAAUACAGACAUGGAAGAUGUCAAAGUGGUGAAUACAGACAUGUUAGAUAUCAAAGUCUUGGAUGCAAACAUGAUAGAUGCCAACAUGGCCAAUACAGACAUGGUCAGUUUUACACUCUGUGUUCAGCCAAACCAAACAUUAAUGAUGCAUGCAUAUGUUUCAUUGUGGGAAGUUUUCUAAAAGCUGGGAGUGGUAUGUUGUCAACCAUUGAUUCAUCAUGUAAUCAGCUGAUAAACCAAAGAAUUUGUGAUACAGCUGAGCUAUAGUCAUUGCAAGCCCUCUGUGCUUGGAAGGGAAAAAUGUUAAACCUUUUACGAUUUACUAGACUGACAGCCAGUAAAGUCUGCAGUAUAUGUGAUGAAAGUUGUCACUGUCAGCCCAUUAAUAAUCAUGUCCUUCAUAAACCAUAAACAUCCAUAUGGUAAUGGACAACACCCCUUACUGAUGACCGCUAUAUCAGAUUAUUACCUCUCAUACUCUGAUCAUCGUCAGUAUCAUUGCCUAGCAUCACGCCUUCAUAGAAUACACUCAUGCCUGAUCUGCACGCAUGAUCUCCCUGUGUACAUAACCUUCCUCAGCCUGUGUCCAUCGGUGCUAACUUUCACAUGUAUAUUUAUUACCUUCCCUCCUGUUGUCCUUGUGACUGAUUCUGCCACAUUCCCCCACUGAAUCUCAGUUGAAGUUGGUUUGAUGGAGCAUACUGGUGUUGAGCUUCAAAAUUACCACCAAGAUGUUCGCAUUAUGACCUUCAUUAUAAUCAACUUUUUGAGCAUUACAACAGCACUACCUUGUGUUUCUGACAAUGAGCAGCUAAACUGAAGUAUAUAUUUUCUUUGGAGGUUUCAAAAUAAAGUAGUCUGUGUUAUGAAUAUCCAACAAGUACUGUUAUGUCAAUGCCUAAGUCACACUGUGGUAAUCUCAAGGCAUUCCACCACCCUCCCUACCCUAAAAUCCUAAAAAGUCUGCUCGGGAUUAAGUACAAGAGUAGUGACCAAGCGUCUUGGUAUGCACAACUGUGUGUCCUGUUAUCUUCCACUAUUUUCUCCCUUUUGGAGGCAUUACUUCGUUAAUGUUCUUUUUUCACCUUGCAUUUCUAAAUUAUUGUGAAUACUUGUUUUAAGACUGCGAAGUAUUAAAUAUAUUACUUUUAAAUGUUGGA